CACUUCUUCUUCCCGAGGUCAUCCUGUCACCUAUACCAACUCACACACAAUGUCCGCUCAGAUCUUCGCAAACGAGGGUUCACAAGAGCGAUCCGAGUCUGCUCGACUCUCCUCGUUCGUAGGGGCCACCGCCCUUGCUGACCUGGUCAAGACCACACUCGGACCCAAGGGGAUGUCAAAACUCAUCCAGUCUGUGGGAACAUCAGAGAUCACAGUCACAAACGACGGCGCAACCAUCCUCAAGUCCAUCCCCCUUGACAAUGCAUCUGCAAAGAUUCUAGUCUCCAUCUCAAAGACCCAAGACGAUGAAGUUGGAGAUGGUACCACAACCGUCUGCGUACUGGCAGGAGAGCUCUUGAGGGAGGCAGAAAAGUUGAUCGAGCAGAGGAUUCACCCACAGACAAUCGUAGAGGGGUACAGGUUGGCGAGCACUGCAGCACUGCAGGCAUUGGACGAGGCUGCUCAGGAUCAUGGUACGGAUGCCACAGCUUUCCGGAAAGACCUCAUGAACAUUGCACGCACAACGCUGUCUUCCAAGGUGCUGUCGGCCGACAAGGAUUACUUUGCCAACCUCGCAGUAGAUGCCGUAUUGCGUCUCAAGGGCUCGACCAAUCUCGAGAACAUCCAAAUCAUCAAGAAGGUGGGAGGCAAAUUGACAGACUCAUACCUCGACGAAGGUUUCAUCCUCGACAAGAAGAUCGGUACAAAUUGCCCCAAGCGCAUGGAGAAGGCAAAGAUCCUCAUCGCCAAUACCUCGAUGGACACAGACAAGAUCAAAGUCUUUGGAGCAAGAGUGAGGGUGGAUGGUACUGGCAAGCUGGCCGAGUUAGAGCGGGCAGAAAGGGAAAAGAUGAAGGCAAAGGUGGAGAGGAUCAAGGCGCACGGCAUCAACUGCUUCAUCAACAGGCAGCUCAUCUACAACUACCCAGAGUCUAUCCUAGCAGACGCUGGGAUCAUGUCCAUCGAACAUGCCGACUUUGAGGGUGUGGAGAGGCUCAGUUUGGUGACUGGAGGAGAGAUUGCAUCGACUUUUGAUCACCCUGAGCUGGUGAAGCUGGGCAAGUGUGAUGUGAUCGAAGAGGUCAUCAUUGGAGAAGACCGACUGAUCAAAUUCUCAGGUGUAGCAGCUGGUGAGGCUUGCACUGUGGUCAUUCGUGGUGCCACUACCCAAAUGGUGGACGAGGCCGAGCGGUCUCUACACGAUGCUCUGUGUGUGCUUUCGCAGACGGUCAAGGAGACCAGGACUGUGCUCGGAGGUGGAUGUUCAGAGAUGGCCAUGAGCAAGAAGGUCGACGAGCUGGCGAGGAGGACGCCUGGCAAGCAGGCCAUUGCCGUAGAGAGCUUCGCACGGGCUCUGAGGCAGUUGCCUACAAUUCUGGCGUCCAACGCAGGACUGGACUCGUCUGACCUGGUUGCGCGCCUACGCGCAGCACAUCAAGAAGGCCAGACAGACGCCGGACUGAAUUUGGACGAGGGCAAGGUGGCAUCGAUGCUGGAGCGUGGAGUGACAGAGAGCUACAAGCUGAAGAGGCAGGUGGUGUUGAGCGCCAGCGAGGCUAGCGAGUUGAUUCUCAGGACGGACAGUAUCCUCAAGGCUGCCCCCAGGAGGAGAGAGGCGCACUAGAUGAGCUUUCUUGACGUUUGGCUGAGAUGUUCGAGCAAAAGGGCAACGCGGUACGAUGCAUUUCUUGAAUGGCACAUUCCUCGUCCCACCAGUGUUUGGAUGUGAUUUGCAGUCUUGCUUCCCUUCAUACCUUGCGUCCCAGAUGCCUUUACAGAGUGUCACUGCUCAGCGCUUGUUCUCUUCUUCGCGCUGUAUCCCACCUAGAAGUCUGCUGACGGCCUUGUCCGCCAAUGUGCCGCAUGGACUUGUGCCUGACACUGUUUCCAGGCAAAGGAGCAAUCGAAAGUGACUUGCAU